AAAUAAAAUAAACAAACAAACAGUUAGGGAGUGCUGUACGAAAAUAACCAAGGUUUAUUUUACUAGGUCUACAAUGUACGUAGACUAAAUUUUAAAUCCGGAUUGUUCAUUAUGCAAACGAACGAGUCGAUACGAAUAUUUAAAAAUAGUUGUCGUGGAUGUCGUAAUAUUUGGUAAUUUUAAUAAUGAAGAAUGGAAACUAUAUUGUCUGAAUUUAUUGCUCGUACUUCAGCUGAACCCGGAUUAGCAAGAGACCUUUUAGAAGGUCAUAAAUGGGAUCUACAAUCAGCAUUAUCUGCUUAUUAUGUUUUAAAAGGAAUUGUACCAUCAUCACCACCUUCAUUAAAUUAUAAUAAUUUGGAUAAUCCUCUUCCAUUAAGUACAUUAUCAUCAUCAUAUGAAACAAGAAACUCAUAUCCAUUGUCGGCUCAGAGACCUCAGUUAAAAAAAGUAGAAGCAGUUGAUAUUGAAGAUGGUCCAACUAAGAAAUUGACUCGUGGAAUAUCUAGUGCAACAGACAACUUAACUUUAGUCACUAAAGCAAGAAAUGAAUUUGCUCAGGAUUUUAGAUCAGCUGGUACAGUGAGCACAAGACGUACCCAUAUCAGAUUAGAAACACCUGAUUUUACUUUUACUCUUCCUGAUCUUUCAAUUUAUCCAGAUGAUUUUAGAGAUUUUUUAGAACAUGAUUUAAUCGAAACAUCUACACUUGUUUCUUUGGAACAAGCAGGAAGACUUAAUUGGUGGGCUGACAUUGGAAUUUGCCAAAGAUUAUGGCCUCUUGCAACAACUGGAGAUGGAAAUUGCUUACUGCAUGCUGCUUCACUUGGUAUGUGGGGUUUUCAUGACAGAUUACUAACUUUACGAAAAGCGCUUUAUUCGUUGUUAGCAAAUAGCUCAUAUACUGAGGCAUUUUAUCGCAGAUGGCGAUGGCAAACAUCUUUACAAAAUAAAGAAGCUGGUCUUAUAUAUUGUGAAAAUGAAUGGCAGCAAGAAUGGAAGAAUUUAAUAAAAAUGGCAUCUACUGAGCCUAGGUCUAAAACUUUAACAAAAAUCCAUCGUGAUUUAUUUAGUAGAAGAGGAACAUUGAGCUCUUUGAAUGAAAAUGAAGAAGGACUACAAUCUGAUGUUUAUGAAAGUUUAGAAGAAAUUCAUAUUUUAGCAUUAGCUCAUGUUUUACAUCGUCCUAUUAUUGUAAUUGCUGAUACAAUGCUUAAAGAUGUCACUGGUGAACCAUUUGCUCCUAUUCCAUUUGGUGGAAUAUAUCUUCCUAUAGAAUGUCCACCUGCUGACUGUUACCGAUCUCCUCUUUGUCUUACAUAUGAUGCUGCUCAUUUUUCUGCAUUAGUUAGUAUGGAAAAGGAAAGUUUUGCUGAUAAAGUACCACAGUUACAAGCUGCCAUACCACUCUGUGAUGUAGAGCAUAAAUUAUUACCUCUUCAGUUUGGAGUUGAUCCUGGACCAGAUGUGCAGUGGAGUCAUGAUGAGAAUGAUCCAUGGAUAAUAUCAAAGUUGACAUUAUUGGAUAAGGAUAAAGUUGGGCUACUAAGUGAAUAUCUUGAUGUUAUUGAAAUUUCUAUUCCAUCAUAUGGACAAAUUAUAUCAGAAUCUCAGAAUGAAAUAUCGAAUCUAAACAAUAGCUAUUCUGAAGAGAAGAAGUAUUUUUCUGAAAUAUGUGAUAAUUACAAUGAAAGCAGUAAUAAUAUUUAUCAACAAAAAAGCAAAGCAGCACGUCAGCUACAAACAGUAGCAAAACAGUUUGGCAGUAUUGGUAAAAGUAUGAGCAAAAAACUAAAGAAUUUUGGAAAUAUUACACGUAGAGCAGGUUCAUUUAAAAAUGAUUCUGAUAACUUCAAACAGAAUUCUGAAGAACUGAAAAAUAAAAGAAAUUUAAACGAACCUUCUCCAAAGAUAAACUGUGAACAGGAUUGCCUUAAUUCGCAACAUAUAAUUGCAGCUAUACUACACACAGAAAAACAACAUGAGUAUCAAGAAGAAAUGAUAAAAAAUUAUUUAAUUUCAGCACGCUCCCGAUUUGUUCAGGAAAAAGAAUUAAAGGCAAAACAAGGAAAUGAGUUCAUUACUACUGGGUUUAGAGAUACAUAUUCUUCCUCACAAUGUGUUAAUCCUGGAUGUAACAUGUAUGGAACUGCAGCUACUAAUUAUUUAUGCUCUUCAUGCUAUUCUAAACAAAAGCAACAAGAAGAGGAAUUAAGAAUGAAAAAUUCAGAUGUAUCGUCUUCGGUUGUUGAAAUUAUUCCCAACGAUCAUGUCAUCCGACUUGGAAAUUCUGCAUUUUACACAGAAUGCGACAAAAAUACAAUGGCUUCUGUUGCAAAAGUGCCCUUGGGAAUCCGACCUUCUGCUGAUUCUGGACAUUAUCAUUCUUUGUCUAAAUCAGUGUUUUAUGAUGGUGAUGUAUCCCGUGAAUCUAUGCAAUCUAAUUCAUUUUCAAAUUCUACAUCUCACCUUUCAAGUGAUAAAAAUACUUUAGUUAAUUUUUCUGAUAGUACUCCAUAUCAAAUUUCAAGUGCAUCUGGAUGUACAAUGAAAGUGGGCCAGAGAACUUAUUUGUAAAAUUAAAAAAAAUCAAGCUAAGUAUAUUUAUGUAGUCAUAAUUAUAGAAAUUAUAAAUGCACAGUGCCUUUGCAACUAUUUUUUUAUUUAAAAAUAGACAUGCACAAUUCUUAAUAUGUUGAUGAUGGUUUUGGAAGUUGUUUACUUGUUAUUUAUAAUAUUUCUAUUUGAAAUAAUUAAACAAAUGGCUUAAUAAAAUAUUAAAAUUUAUUUUAAUAAAUAAAUUUUACUAAAUAGAAUUAUAUACCAUGUAUUUUCAAAUCAUGAUUAUAUCAAGAAAAAAUUUUAGAAAGUUUUGAAGUGAGCAAUAUACAUUAACUAAAAGGUUUUAAAAUGAUAAAUAUAAAUACAUGAAUAGUUUUCACACUUAUGACAUGUAAUUUUCCAUAUUAAAAUUGUUUGUAG